UUGAAAAUGUAGUCAAUAAAUUGAUGGGACUGGGUACUGAUAGAGUGGUCGGUUACAUAAGGAAACUCCCACUGGAGGCGUUUCUUCUAGGACAUUACCGUCAAUGCUUGGCUGUAUUCCAAUGCUUUCUGCCAGUGAAUUUGGACAUUAUGAUGUGUAGUGUGUCAGCCUGUACAAAGUAUAAAUCAGGGUCUGGUUCCAGAACCACACAAGCUCUGUCUGCUCAGAUAAACUACUGAGUGGGUUUGCGUCCUCGGACUCACAGAUACAGUUUCCUCCCAGCCUGGAAGUCGCCAUAAAACAUUGAUGUGUUAGACUCCAUGGACACAAUGUCUUCACCCCGCUGCUUUCUGCUGCUGCUGUCCUGGAACCUGGUGGUUCUGCUGGUUCUGGUUCCUCCGGCUCAGUCCAGACCAGCCGCAGAGGACACAGACACUGUUUUGUCACCUCGGUGGACAGUGCCACAUAAAAUGAAUAAGGUUGUUGCCGUUCCUGCCAGUAAGACUGUAAAGUUUCGAUGCCAGGCGACAGGGAACCCCACUCCUUCUCUUCACUGGUACAAGAACGGAAAAGAGUUCAAGAAAGAUCAAAGGAUUGGAGGGUUUAAGAUCAGAGACCACAUGUGGACUUUUAUAAUAGAGUCGGUGGUUCCAUCUGAUAAAGGUAACUACACCUGUGUGGUGGAGAAUGAAUACGGGCGGCUCACACACACCUACCUGCUGGAUGUAGUUGAGCGUUCUCCUCACAGACCCAUUAUACAGGCAGGUCUUCCAGCAAACCAAACUGCAGUUAUUGGAAGUGAUGUGGAGUUUGUGUGUCGAGUGUACGGUGACCCACAGCCUCACAUCCAGUGGCUCAAACUUAUCUCUGUCAAUGGCAGCAGAGUGGGACCAGAUGGACUCCCAUAUGUUCGUGUUCUAAAGACUUCUACUUUGAACACAACAGAAAACAAAAUGAUGGUUUUGACUCUGACGAAUGUAACUCUGGAUGAUGCUGGAGAGUACGUAUGUUUGACAGGAAAUGCUGUUGGAUUCACUCAUAGAAGUGCAUGGCUCACAGUGGUUCAUGAAACGAAGAAGCCAACAUGUGUGUGUGUUUCCUGAGAAGACUUUCAAAGAUGCACAACACACUUUUUUGAGCAUUUCCUGACUACUUUCUGCUUAGUGUUGUAAAAUUGGAUAGGUAGGCCUCCAUGCAGCAUCAUUAAUCUGCUUUAUAGAUGUUAAUUCACAAGAGUUUCAUACUUAAUUGUAUUUAGAUUGGUUACAGAGAAUAUAAGACUUUACAAUGAACACUGAUAUGUUUAUUACAAAAUUAAAGAUACACGUAACAGCUGUAGGAAAAAAACGAUGAAUCAUGAUAUGUCUUCUAUCUUAGAGCAUGUUAGAAAGUAUGAAUGUGAGACAGGGGGAUAGGGAUGGAGUCUUCAGGGUGGGACAGCCAUCCUCCUGUCCCACCCAGCCAAAACCUCCAACCAGCGCCACAACAAUCUCCCUGUGGUUACAGCUUGAUUGACUUUAGGAGGACCUUUGGGGAAUCAGACAAACAUACAUGCAUUCACAUUUUAAGCAGAGGUGUAACUGUAGGAGACCACACAGAGCUUCAUCAGGUCAAAGGCUAAAAUGCAUUUUCCAUUUGAUCUGAAGUACAUAUGUUAAACUGUAAAAUUAAAAUUCACACAUGUGCAGCAUCACCAUGCAUUAUCAUACUGCCCAGCGCUGAACCCUGACUCUGUCAUUAGUGUGGAUCUCAGCAGGGUUGCACAACUCACCAAAAUUACACACUUUCCUCACUGAAGGCUUUGAGGAUGUUGCUGUGCUUAGAGUCAAUCAGACACUGACAGAGAUACAAAGAAGGACAGAGAGGAGGUGAAUGAAGCCAGAGCUCAGACAGCUGGUUCUGGCCUUCGAGGUCAUGUCAGCUCUAAUUUGCAUAAGUAGUGUUUGGGCUUACCAUAACUGAAGUGGAAAAAGCUUAGAUGAUACAUUGCAGCACACCACAGAAUGUCCAAGACGGAGUAGGAAAGAGAGAGAAACAGGACUGAGCUGUGUUGAAGGAGGAAUCUGAUGAGAAGGGCACCUGUGUUCACUCCUGAACACUGUAGGAGUUAUGGGAGAGUCUUGAUGGUAAAUUUGGUGUUGAGGAAUGUACUGUUUUUUCAUUGGCCUGGCACAUCCUGGCUGGGCUCUGCUCUGGUCUGUCCAGGGUUGAAGGGUUUGGCUCUGGCUCCAGGUUUGGGUGGGUCCACGCUGUGUGGUUUAACAGGGUCAGUAGUUAGUACUGGGCAGGGGCUGGGGCUGCUGUGGCUUUGGCAUCAAAGUCACAGAGCCAUCUGCUGUAUGUGCAUCUAGGGAACGUCCAAAAUAAUAUCUGAACAGAUCUGUGCUCUGCUCUGGGAAACUGGAGAACUGAUCAACUACAUACAGGGAAAGUAUAUCAAUUACUUUUAUUUGAUUUUAAAAGCAUUCUUAUUUUCGUCUAUUUGCAGUAUCUUCAUCUUUGCACCUGCGCACGUUUAUAUGCAUGUGAAUGUUCAUACUUAUGCAGGUUGUAUGACUGUAUCAUAAGACUGAUUAUUGAAAACCACUUGUUGCCAGAAAAUGCAAAUGGCAAUCAGGUCUGUUCAUCAUUCAUAAACUAAUAAAGGUUCAAGAUUGAAAAUCC